GGGCGGGGCCGCCGCGGAGCGAGCGAGCCAAGCGCGGCCUCAUUAGACCACGGGCUGCAGUCGGAGCGGCUGGGAGGUUCGCGCGCUUCUCGGGGGUCGGUAGGAAGCGGGGAGGCCGGAGCUGCGGGCGUGGGGACCUGGCGGCCCCUGAAGCGCAAGCUGGCUGGCAGCAGGAUGGGCCUCUCCGCUGCGGCCCCGCUGUGGGGCCCCCCGGGGCUGCUCCUGGCCAUCGCCCUGCACCCAGCGCUGUCGGUGCCCCCGCGCCGGGACUACUGCGUGCUGGGCGCUGGGCCCGCGGGCCUGCAGAUGGCCUACUUCCUGCAGCGCGCUGGACGCGACUAUGAAGUGUUCGAGCGCGCCCCGCGGCCCGGCAGCUUCUUCACGCGCUACCCGCGGCACCGCAAGCUCAUCAGCAUCAACAAGCGGUACACUGGCAAGGCUAACGCCGAGUUCAACCUCCGCCACGACUGGAACUCUCUGCUCAGCCACGACCCCCGGCUGCUCUUCAGACAGUACUCACGUGCCUACUUCCCCGACGCCCGCGACAUGGUGCGCUACCUGGGUGACUUCGCGGACACACUGGGGCUCCGUGUCCAGUACAACACCACCAUCGCCCACGUCACUCUGGACAAGGACCGACGGGCCUGGAAUGGCCACUACUUCAUCCUAACCGACCAGAAGGGCCAGGUGCACCAGUGCAGUGUCCUCCUUGUAGCCACUGGCUUAUCAGUCCCCAACCAGGUUGACUUCCCUGGCUCCGAAAACGUGGAGGGUUACGAGUCUGUGUCCAUAGACCCUGAGGACUUUAUAGGCCAGAAUGUGCUGAUCCUGGGCCGUGGGAACUCAGCCUUUGAGACGGCAGAGAACAUCUUGGGUGUCACAAACUUUAUCCACAUGCUCAGCCGCUCCCGGGUCCGUCUGUCCUGGGCCACCCACUACGUUGGAGACCUCAGAGCCAUCAACAAUGGCCUGCUGGAUACCUACCAGCUGAAGUCCCUGGAUGGGCUGCUCGAGUCUGACCUGAGGGAUCUGGCCAUCCUGAAGGAUAGCAAAGGCAAGUUCCAUGUCACCCUGAAAUUCUUCCUGGAAGAAGCCAGCACCAACCAGAGUGCCGACGCCAUCACCCUCCCCCAGGACGACAAUGACAACUUUGCCAUGCGCGUGCCCUAUGACCGAGUCAUCCGCUGCCUGGGCUGGAACUUUGACUUCUCCAUUUUCAAUAAGUCCCUCCGACUUAACUCGGGAAAUGCAUUCGGCAAGAAGUACCCGCUAAUUCGAGCUAGCUACGAAUCCAAAGGAAGCCGGGGUCUGUUUAUCCUGGGUACCGCCAGCCACUCGGUGGACUACCGGAAAUCUGCUGGGGGCUUCAUCCACGGAUUCCGAUACACAGUGCGUGCUGUUCACCGGCUCCUGGAGCACCGCCACCACAGCGUCGCCUGGCCUGCCACCGAGCUCCCCAUCACACAGCUGACCAGCUCCAUCGUGCGGCGCGUGAAUGAGGCUUCUGGGCUCUACCAGAUGUUCGGUGUGCUGGCCGAUGUCAUCCUGUUGAAGGAGAAUGCCAUGGCCUUUGAGUACCUGGAGGAGUUCCCCAUACAGAUGCUGGCCCAACUGGAGACACUCACAGGGAGGAAGGCAAGGCACGGGCUCUUCGUCAUCAACAUGGAAUAUGGCAGAAAUUUCUCUGGCCCCGACAAGGACGUCUUCUUUGAUGACCGGUCUGUGGGGCACACGGAAGACGCCUGGCAGUCUAACUUCCUCCAUCCUGUCAUCUACUACUACAGAUACCUCCCCACCGAACAGGAGGUGAGGUUCCGCCCUGCACACUGGCCCCUGCCUCGGCCCACAGCCAUCCACCACAUCGUGGAAGACUUCUUAACAGACUGGACCGCCCCGAUCGGGCACAUCCUACCUCUGAGGCGCUUCCUGGAGAACUGUUUGGACACCGAUUUGCGAAGCUUCUAUGCAGAGUCCUGCUUCCUGUUCGCCCUCACGCGCCAGAAGCUGCCACCCUUUUGCCAGCAGGGGUACCUGAGGAUGCAGGGACUCGUGAGUACCAAGAGCCUUCGGCAGCACAGAGUGGAGAGCAGGCUUCUACGGGACGAUGCCCCCAUGGGCAGGGACCUGGAGGACAGCAGCCAGCAUCCUGGCGACCAAGAGCUACUAGGUGCCCCCCUGGCUCCAGGGCCUCUGGCCCAGUCCCUCGAUAGCAACAAGGAGGAGCUCUGACUGUCCCUUCCUAGGCUGUGGGCACAGUGGCCAGGCCUCCCCACCCAGGCCCAUGGUCAGUUCCUCUUUCCCCGCAACCGGUGUGUGAUUGCCAAAGACCACUCAGAUCAUGGCAGUGACUGCACCAAAGCCACCAGACGGCACGUGAAGGCUGCAAGUCGGGGAUAUGGUGGUCUCCUCCCUCCUGUCCGGGGGCAGAAGAAGGGCAUCCUCCGCCAGGUGUGAGCUGCCUUCCUCAGCCCAGCUUCUCUGCAGUGGAGCGAUCACUGAGCCCCAGGCCAGCCUGGUUCUGCCCCCUCUCAAGUGCUCCUCUUCCUUCCAGGCCCCCCCUCAGAUGGGCCUGUGUCCCGCCUGUGGAGCGCUUCACAGGGGAAACCUAUCUGCAUCUUAAGGGUUUGUGGCAAGUGUUUUAAAACAAAAGCUCUCAUAUCCUCAACAACCAUCAUGGGCAGUUGCGAUUGUUGCCCCAGACGACUGCUGAAGACACCAGCUGAGAGAUGUCAAGUAAUUCCCAGGGACCCCCAGCUGCGAGUCCCCGUCUGUGUCACUUGCCACACACUGCCUCAACUCCGCCCCAUUUUCAGCAGUGUUUGAACUUAGCUACGGAGCCCAAGAGGGUCAGCCCUGCUUAUCAUCGUAGGCCCAGCAGGCUGCUCUCCAGCAGCAGUAGGACAGCUCCCUGAAAGCCAUCUUAUCUCAGCAACUUUCUCCUUGAGCAGCAAGAUUCAGAGCUGCUCUCCCCAGUUGCACCCCCUGACUCAUCUUCCAGCUGGCUCUUCUCCCCCACCCUACUCCCUGCCCUCUGCCAUCCUAACCACGCCUUGCUUCUAACUUGCCUGGUCAAGUUUUGUAAAACGUAUCCUGCUGUCUCUGUGGUGGGCACCCAUAUGUGCUCACCAUGUGUAAGGUGACAUUUCCUAAUGCCUUUAUGUGAUAAUGAUGAUGAAUUUGGUUCCUA